UCGCUGACGUCCACAUCGUUGUGUGAACUUCUGGAUCGAACUCUUGAGUUUGACGUCUUUUCAAAGUGAAACAUGUCGGACCAGCUGCUGCGGUGGAUCCUGGACCAGUUACACCACGUGUUCGGACUGGAGGCGUGUGACGACAUCGUCCAAUACAUCCUCUCCAUUGAAUCGGCUGAGGAGAUUGAGGAGUAUGUGGGAGACCUCCUCCAGGGCACGGAUGGGGACAAAAGGAUGUUUAUAGACGAGCUCCUCUGCAGAUGGAGGAGGACUCAAAGAUAUGCAGCAGAUCCUGGGAGUCUUUAUCUUCCUGCGGAAUCUUUCUCAUCAGAUUCACUAGACCCGACCAGAGAUUCCCAGAAGAAGUCUAAACGUAAAGGCCGUAACAAACAGGAAGUGAUGACUGCGAGCCCAUCGGAGCCUGAGCCCGAAACUGUCAAAACCCCCAUCGAUCUGAUGAGGGCUCAAGAAAGCAGCAGCACCUCUUCAACAAAGAAGAAAAAUAAGUAUGUCAAUCUCUAUGCUAAAGACGGACAGGACAGGCUCGAAGUCUUACUCCCUGGUCGACAUGCUUGUGAUUGCCUUGCUCAAAAGCAUCCGCUCAUCAACAACUGCAUCAGCUGCGGUCGCAUCGCGUGUCAGCAAGAGGGCUCGGGACCCUGCCUCUUCUGUGGAAGCUUGGUCUGCACCAGAGAGGAGCAGGAGAUUCUGCAGCGAGACUCCAACAAAAGCCAGAAGCUGAGAAAGAAGCUGAUGGGAGACGUUGGAGAAAGAGAUUAUCUUCCACACCAAGAGGCCAAGAUGAAGGCCGGUCUGGAGAAGGCUGUUCAGCACAAAGACAAACUGCUGGACUAUGACAAGAACAGUGUCCGGAGAACACAAGUCCUGGACGAUGAGUCGGAUUACUUUGCGACCGAAUCCAAUCAGUGGUUGUCGCCCGGCGAGCGUGACAAGCUGAGGAGGAAGGAGGAGGAGCUUAGAGAAAUGCGCCACGCCUCUCGCAAGGACAGGAAGAUCACACUGGACUUUGCUGGUAGACAAGUGGUUGAUGAAGGAAACAACCUCAACGAGUACUACAGCAAGUUGGACGAGACCCUCAAGGCUAUGAGCAAUGACUCCAAAUCACAGAUGAGCUCGGGAAGACAAGGUGGAAUCCAAAACCUCAGAGAGCUGGUCAACCCCAACAUAAUGCAGGCUGCACCAGAGUGGGUGAACAUUGGAGGCAGUGGGAACAACAGGAGAAACUUGGAGCAGGGAAAGAAUUUGCCAGAGGACAAGGGAGACGAAGGACGCAACAGGCUGCGGCUCCAAGACAAAGAGCUGCAGGAGAUGUCUGACGGAGGCUGGUGCCUCAGCAUGCACCAGCCAUGGGCCUCGCUGCUGGUCAAAGGCAUCAAGAGGGUGGAGGGUCGAACCUGGUACUCGUCACACAGAGGUCGUCUUUGGAUCGCUGCUGCAGCCAAGAAGGCCACUCCUCAGGAGAUUGCUGAAGUGGAAGCCAUGUACCGCCACAUUUACAAGAAAGAGCCACGGUUUCCCAAAGACUACCCGACUGGCUGCCUGUUGGGCUGCGUCCACAUGAGUGACUGUCUGGCUCAGGAGCAGUUCAGAGAACAGUGCCCUGCUACCUGUGAGGAGUCCGCCUCCCCAUUCGUCUUCAUCUGCACCAACCCUCAGGAGCUGCUGGUGAAAUUCUCCAUGAAAGGGAAGCACAAGAUCUGGAAGCUGGAGAGCCAAUACCACCAGGGUGCCAAGAAGGGGCUGGUCCCGUCAGCUGCAGAGUGACGUCAGAGGAGAAGCUGAGGACAAAUCGCCUGAUCUCACGGGAACCAGGCGAAUUAGGUUCUCCAGGAAUCAGCCAGUUUCCACAGGGGUAGUCUCAACCAUGGUUCAGGAGUUGUCACUGCUGGAAUAUUAUCAGUAUGGACUCAUUCAUCUGUCAUUUAUUUACUGACGUUUGCAUCUCACUAAAGAAAUGUACACUGCACAUAAAUAUAUAAUUCUUGUGACAA